GCACAAGAGACAUUGACUUAUUACCCGUAGCCACUGUUUUGUCUUUUUUGGGCGUUGCGUUAGCAGGUGUGGUGUGCCGUACGGCGGACUAUAGCAGAUCGGCGCUCUUGAUAGCAUCAUUGCUGUUGCCAGCCCCCCCUGUACAGCGCAUCCUGCCCGCUGCAGCUACUUUGUACAGGGCUUCGGCUUCCCACCGCACAGCGAAAUAGUGGUGUGUUUCUCGAUUCGCCUAAGCUUUUUUUUUUUUCCUUUUUCUGAUUUUCACUGCCGAUGCCUUGUGUUCACUCCCCCCGUCUCCACUGCACCCUCUUCUCAGUCUCUUUUGCUCUGAGCUUUAAACAUCUCGCGUCUCCUCCCUCCCCCCGUCGCAAAGAGUUCCUCUUUUCGAUUCUCUGUUUUCUGUCUUUGGUUACGCCGGCAGCAGGUUACGACAAAACUCCAUCGCCAAGGAUCUUCGACAUCCUCUUCAAGCUUCGGCGCUUGACCACCUCACGACAACACCCUUCAAGGGAAAACAACAACAGCAACAACCGCAAUCAUGGGCUUCAUUGAUUGGAUCAAGGAUAACCUCGCGCCCCAAGGGGAGCAGGGCGAGGCUAUCAAUGCCCAACCACCUUCGCUCUCGGGCAUGUUGUCCGUCUUGAUUCCCACUGCCUUGAUGGCUGUCGCCUUCUUUGCCAUCUUCAUUGUUGGUCGACGAAUUGAGAAACGCUUCCACGCGCCUAGAUCCUAUCUGGGCUCCAUCCACGAACACCAACGCACUCCCGCUCUUCCCACUGGCUACUUCAACUGGUUCGGCGCCUUCUGGAGAAUGCCUGAUUCCUACAUUCUCCAGCACCAGAGUCUCGAUGCCUACCUCUUCGUCCGCUACCUCAAGGUCGCCUUCUACAUGUCGCUUGGCAGUCUCAUCAUUACCUGGCCCAUUCUCUUCCCUGUUAACGCUACUGGCGGUAAGGGUCUCAGCCAGCUGGAUAUUCUCUCCUACAGCAAUGUCGACAUUGACACCAAGCCAAACUACCUCUACGCGCACGUUUUCGUGGGCUGGGCUGUGUACGGUCUUGUCAUGUACAUGAUCUGCCGUGAAAUGAUCUUCUACAUCAACCUCCGCCAGACCUUCCUCCUCUCGCCCUUCUACAGCAACCGUCUGUCCUCGCGCGUCGUUCUCUUCACCAACGUCCCCAAGGACUACCUCAACGAGGAGAAGAUCCACGCCAUGUACCCUGGUCUCAUUCGCAACAUUUGGAUUGCGGGUGACAGUGAGAGCGUCGACAAGCUCGUCGAGGAGCGUGACAAGGUUGCCAUGAAGCUCGAAGGUGCCCAGGUCAAACUCAUUAAGCUCGCCAACAAGGAGCGCAUCAAGGCCGCCAAGAAGUCUGGUGCUACCGCCAAUGCUGAGAACGCUGAGAACACUGAAGCUGCUGCCGCUGCCGAUACCGAGUCUGGAAACGCCUCUGCCCGCUGGGUUCCCCAGAAGAAGCGCCCCUCGCACCGUCUUGGAUUCCUCGGUCUCGUUGGUAAGAAGGUCGACACAAUCGAAUGGGGCCGCGAAGAGCUUGAGAAGAGCAUCCCUGCUGCCGAGACUGCCCAGACCGAAUUCAUUGCCGGCAAGUACAACAAGAUCGGUGCCAUCUUUGUUGAGUUCAACACCCCCGCCGACGCCGAGAACGCUUUCCAGACCGUUUCCCACCACCAGGCCCUCCAGAUGGCCCCCAAGGUUAUCGGUGUUCGCCCCGAGGAAGUCGUUUGGGGAAACCUCAACCUCCCCUGGUGGCAAAAGAUUGUGCGCCGCUACCUCGUCAUUGGCUUCAUCGCUGCUCUCAUCAUCUUCUGGGCCAUUCCAGUCGGUAUUGUUGGUAUCAUUGCCCAGGUCAAGGUCAUUGAGGGACUCCCCGGCCUGCACUGGAUUGGAGACAUCCCUCCUGUCCUUCUCGGUGUCAUUUCCAACUUGGUUCCUGUCGUGGCUCUCUCCAUUCUCAUGUCGCUCGUGCCCGUCAUCAUGCGCCUGUGCGGUAGACUCAGUGGCCUCACCACCUUGUCCCAGAUUGAGUUGUUCACCCAGAAUGCCUACUUUGUCUUCCAGAUUGUUCAGGUCUUUUUGAUCCGAACCCUGACCGACGCUGCAUCAUCUGCCCUUCCCCAGAUUGUCAUUCAUCCCGACUCGGUGUUCAGCAUCUUGUCCACCGCUCUGCCAACCACUGCCAACUUCUACAUCUCCUACUUCAUCCUUCAGGGUCUUGGUCUUGCCUCUGGCGUCCUCACCCAGGUUGUCGGCAUGUUUGUUUUCCGCAUCCUCUACAAGUUCCUCACCGGCACGCCUCGCUCCAUGUACACCAAGUGGACUACUCUCUCAGCCAUUCUCUGGGGCAGCCUGCUUCCUGUCUACAGCUCCAUCAUUGUCAUCAGCAUCACCUACUCGGUCAUUGCUCCUCUGAUGCUGUUCUGGUCCACCAUUGGCCUGGGUCUCAUCUACCUCGCCUACCGCUACAACCUGCUCUACGUCUCCGACACUGCUGUCGAUACCCGUGGUCUUAUCUACCCCCGUGCGCUUAAACAGCUCUUCACCGGUAUCUACCUUGGUGAGAUUUGCAUGGUUGGUCUGUUUGCCGUUUCCAAGGCCACCGGCCCCGCUGUGCUCAUGGCUCUUUUCCUCGUCUUCACCAUUCUCUUCCAAAUCACCAUCACCUCCAUCUUCAACCCUCUGCUCUACGGCAUCUCCCGCAGCUUGUCUGCUGAGGAGAUUGCCUACCGCGAGGGAACUGCUGGCGCCCAGGCCAUUGACGAGAAGCACGUUGGUGCCACCAACGGAACCAACGGAACUAACGGACACGAAGUCACCGAGGCCGGUGCCUCCAACGGCCACGAUACUAACGGCCAUGAGACUAACGGCAAGGCUGUUGCUGCUGCCGGUGGUGCUUCUGACAAGAUCAAGUUCACCGACCGUGUCGCCCGCUACUUCAAGCCAUGGCAGUACGCCGACUACCACCACCUCCGCCAGCUGGUGCCCGACGAUGCCGGUGUCGAGUUCAACUACAACGAGCAGAACAUUGCCCAGGCUUACUGGCCUCCUUCCGUCACCAAGCCCACUCCCACUCUGUGGCUCCCCGAGGACAAGGCCGGUGUCUCCAAGGAGGAGAUUGCCAACACCAGCCGUGUCAUCAACAUCACCGACGAUGGCGCUACUCUUAACGAGAAGAACAAGAUUGAGUGGGAUGAGGACGGCUCUCGCCCUCCCAUCUACACCGAGAAGGUCAUGUUCUAAUUGUUUUUGUUUUCCUUUCUCUACUUUUACGGUCUAAUACUUGAUACCCUGCGCUAUGAGGCGAAGUUGCGAGGAGAAGAAGGCAGACGGCCUACUACUCCUGCAACGACGAUGAGUUUUUUGAAUGUGCGCUUUUGCAUUUUGGAUACCUGGGGUGUUUUUCAAGUAAUGUUAUUUUAAAUACUCUAUAAUACGAACAAUAAACAAGAAUUCUUUCGC